AUGUGCAGUCGUGGAGGGCUCCCAGAAUCCUCUGCUCCUGGCCAGGCAGCCCUGAGUUCCGACACCAAAAACAUCUGUGAGUCCAGUGGACAAGGGCAUCUGGAGGUCAUGGCAAGUGAAGACCUGACUACAGGUUCAGUUUCUAAGAUAGCCAAUGGGGUUCUAAGACAGCGGAACUCAAUCAGCAGCGGGCCGCACGGUUCAAGGCUGCAAUUCAUCCGCCGCGCCUCUGAAAAAUGGGAGGUGACAGUUCAUUUUGCCAGUGACAGUCUGUCGGUCUCGCUCGCUGCUUCUCCUGUCGAUUGCCUGGCUGAGGUGAAGUGCAGCUCCAAGACACCCUCGUUUGGUAUUCCACUCAGCCGAGCAGGAUGGUCCCAGGACCCGAGGUGUGCAAAUCUGACUCUACCUCCGCGGCUCGUCUUUUCCCCUUCUUCAUGCAGGCCCGAAAUGCCGAAGCUUGAUUACGGGUCCCAGGAGCCAUCUUCCCACUUCCUGGGCCUCACCUUUCCUUCCAGCUUGCACUUCCGGCGGACGGGGUUUCCUUCUCCCUCCGGGACGUUGUAG